UCUCUGGGUUUGCCUUUUCAGGAAUGGAUCGGACUAAACGAAGACGUAGGCAUUAAGUUAAAGUUCACCGGCGGUGUAUAUAUAUUAAUAUAAGCACGUGGCCAUGGCGAGUUCAUUCCACGUGCUUCAUUCAUUGACGACGUUGUUUUUGUUUACGAAGACAUUGGAUAGACAAACGUAUAUUACUCAACUUUGAAGCUGCCAUGAACUUAGCUGAAAAGAAAUCUUUUCAUUGCUUUAUGUGUCAGAUGGAUUUUGUCUCGGAGUUCACCUUACAAGUUCACCAACGUUUCCAUCACAAACCAAAGUCAUUUCAUUGUUAUGUGUGUAACAAAGAUUUCUUAAACAACAGCUACCUGAAGAUGCACAAAGCUUCACAUACUGCAAUGGAGAAUUCAAAACAGUUCAAUUGUACGUCAUGUGACAAGACUUUUGUCUCAGAUUUUACAUUAAAACUACAUCAACUUCUACAUUCAACACAAAAGCCAUUCCACUGUGAAGUGUGCGAUAAAGACUUUCUGAAUGACUUCUGUUUGGUGAAACACAAAAAAUUACACGGAAAGAAAACUUUUCAAUGUCCAAAAUGUGAACAGAACUUCUCAAAGCUGCUACUUCUAAAAUUGCAUUUGAAAUUGCAUUUUAAACGUAAUUUUCUGCUGCAGUCAAGGAUGAAAAGACCUGUCAAUGGCUUCAGUGAUUAUUGUAGCAGAGAAUACACUAACCAUGGAUGACCAUCUCUCCUGUUGGAGACAAAAUGUAACAAGUGGUAAUCAUCUCCUAACUUAAAAAAAGGUGUUUUCUAAAUCCUAAAAUUUGAUGAUUAUUUGCACAGAAAUAUAUUAUUGAUUCAUCUCAUUUCAAUCUGGAAAUGGUACGGCUGUGUCGAGUACUGUGAAGGUGAUGCAUUUAUCACAAGAUCUAUUGAUUUAAGUGAUUGAUCAUUCUAGAGUGGAGAUAUUAACAUGAUGCUAAUUGAUACAGUGUAACAGUAACUAACAUAAGUGAGCUGUAGUAAAUAGUUUAAUCUCUUCAUUGCAACCCGUUGGUUCCAAUGUUUCAUUUUAGUCUCUGGCAUCAAACAAAUAUGAAAUAAAAUUUCCUCUUAAUAUGAUGUCGGCUUCUCACAGUUUACAUUUCCGGAAGAAAACUAGGAUCUGCUCUUCUUUGGCACAACAAACUACUUAUGUUGGAUAUGAACUCUUGACCCAUGGGUUGAUGGUCACUGAAGAACUCACAUGUGACUGAAAGCCUCUUUUACCUGUUGACUUAAUAAUAAAUCAUCUUAAAACUCUCAUGAAGAAUCAUGGUGAAAUCGUCCCGAAAACUCAUUUUUUCCUGUGAUAUUUGUGGGAAACAGUUUUCUCAAAGAUUGUUUCUGAAGCAACAUCUUCGAACUCACACAGAAGAAAUUGGUGCGAAAGAAAAUGCAGAACAAGGUUUUGACCAAAUCACUGAUUUUGUUGGCCAAAGAGAUGAUCCUUUUACAAAUAAAUGUAAGUCUAGCACUGAAAAUAAAAGUUCAGAUAACAUUUUAAACACACGAGUAAACACUUGUGAACGUUGUAAAAAGGAGUUUCCCUGCCGGGCUCUUUUGAGAAUACACCUUGCAUCACAUACGGGAGAUGCUGGUGAUGGGAAGUUUCCAGAUGGUAACCUGUUAAGGCAGCAUGGUCGAAAGCAUCCAUUUGAAAGACCAUAUCGUUGCAGAAUUUGUAACAAGAGCUUCCCUAAGAACACUGCCCUUAAUCGCCACAUUCAGAUUCAUACACAUCGUACGAUGUUCAAAUGUAACGUUUGUGAAAAGGAGUUUGUCCGCAAAAAUGGCCUCAAUGUACACAUGCGAACACACACGGGGGAGAAACCAUACGGCUGCAAAGUGUGUGAAAAGAGGUUUUCUGUCAGCAGUCUAUUAAAGCGCCACAUGAGGGUACAUACAGGCGAGACACCUUACCAUUGUGAAUUCUGUGAAAAGAGUUUCUCUCGUGACAGCACACUGAAGCUUCAUUGGCGUGUUCACACGAAGGAGACCCCAUAUGAAUGUGAGGUGUGCAAGAAGAGGUUUUCUCGCAAAGGAAACUUACGCGUACAUAUGAGAAGUCACACAGGGGAGCGACCCUAUCAGUGUGAAGUGUGUGAGAAAAGUUUUACUGUCAGUAGUAUCCUGAAGCGCCAUUUGCGCACCCACACAGGUGAAAUGCCCUACAGCUGCUAUAUCUGUGGUAAGAGCUUCUCUCGAAACAGUAGUUGUAACAUCCACAUAAAAAUACACACCCGAGAAUUGUUGUACGAGUGUAAAGUUUGUGGUAAAAAAUUUGCCCUCAACAGUAUUCUUAACCGACACAUGAAGAGACACUUGAAAGUGAGGCCCUGCACAGGUACAGUGGACAAUGAUAACUAUAUCAUUGCUAGCUCUUCACAACAAAUAAAUAAAGUCUCUAUUACCUAGAAUAUA